UUAGGUUUAAUUAAUACUAUAUAAACUCGGCCGCACAUUUCAAACGGACAAGACAUUUUCUUUCUUUCAAAAACUCUUCGAUCGAGAGAGAGAAUCUUUCGUCUUGUGCAAAAUCAAACCAUGGGAGGAGGAGGAGGAAGAGUGAUGGCGACGGCAGCUAAGGUAGCUGGAAUCGGAGUCGCCAAAGGUGGGUUCAGAGGAGGACUCGGAGUCCCCGCCGCGGCUGCGAAUGAUCAGUUUAACGUUAGAACCACCUCCGUGUCUAAACCAGUCUCGGCUUCGUUGUCAUCGGCGUUUCAUCCUUCCGCCGAAGCAGACGCGAUGGUUAUGCAAAGGACGAGUUGGGAAGACGAUUGGGAGUUCGCGGAAGUGGAGACAACGACGACGAUUCCUAGGUUUGUUUUCAGCAAACCUCCUUCUCUGGAGGAAGCUAAAGAAGCCACCGAUGAUCUCAAAGACGCAAUCAAUAUGGUGUAUACGGAAGGUUCAAAUGAAGCUGGUUCUGUUUCCAGAAUGUUGUCAAGUUUUCAUCUUUCUGACAAGAGAGCUGUUGAAUCAGCUGUUCCACAAGUUGCACUUAACGCAUUUGCUUUUCUCAGUGAAAGCUCUGCCGCACAGUCUGUUGUUGCUUCCAUUGCGUCUGACCCAAAAGUGUGGGAUGCUGUAAUGGAAAACAGUGAUCUCAUGAAAUUUCUCGACACCAACACUACCGCUGCUUCAACUCAGGUUGAAGCUGCUGACAAUGACGAUAAAGCUGAAGAUUCGAGCGAAACUGAAAGUGAGGAAGACAGUGAAGCAAAGCCAAUCCAACUCUUGGAGAUUCUGGAGGACAUGAAGCUAAAAGCUGUUCAGUUGAUGGAAAACGUCUCUUCCUACUUUGGUGGUUUGUUCCGGUCAGAAUCUUUUACAGAGAAUGGAGAAGAGAGGAAACGGACGUUGCUCAACGACCCUACUUCUCUCUUUGGAUUAGCUGUUUGCGUUAUCUUCAUGGUAGUUAUGAAACGUGCUUAAGCUCCAUAGUUUUUUAUAACUUGCCGACAUAGCAAAACUAAAAACUUCUGUGAUCUCUUUCUGCUACUCCGUUAUCGUUUAGACUUUUAACAUCUAUUGUUUCGGAAUGUUUUGAUAUGUAUAGAAGGAACCUUUGGUUGUUUCUUAA